UUCUAAAUACUAAGGGUACAAGCAUGUGAUGUUAUCAUCAUCAACUCACUAUAGAUUGAACAGUCUGUGGCCUCGCUUGCCUUUCCUCCUAAAACCCUAAUUCGCAUCCAUCUCGCGGCUCCUUCUACUCUUCUCUUACAGGUAUAAGUACAAUGGCUGCCAAUAACGUUGGUCUACCAGCUGGUGUCUCCAAAGAACAGGCCUAUGGCAUGGCUGAGACCGAGAUGGAAUACAGAGUCGAGCUGUUUAACAGGCUUCUCAAUACAUGUUUCAACAAGUGCAUUGACAAAAGGCACAAGGAGGCGGAGUUAAACAUGGGUGAAAAUAGUUGUGUUGACAGAUGUGUUUCGAAAUACUGGGCGGUGAAUGGUAUUAUCGGCCAGAUGCUUAGUGCUGGUCAACGUCCAAUGUGAAACUCAUACCUGCUCGGGUUUGAAAUUUGUUCAUGAAUAGAUGGGAAGAGGAAGGGAACUAAAAAUUCUCACUUUGUUGUCAUUAUUCUCUAAUCUAUGAUGUCAUUUUCAUUUGAUUAAAGAAUUAAUGGCAGUUCUGAAUCUGUCUUUUAGAUUUUACUAUAAAUAAGAUCAUUUUUUUGGCUUCAGGACCUUGGUGAUGAGAGUUCGUCUUAUUGCCUGUAGUACAAGAUCUCUGUCAUUACAGUUAAAUCAUUUGCAUAAUGUUGCGUGAUUAUUGGCA